AUGUCGCACGCAACGCCCGUGUUCCCAGAAGCGGGACCAUCAGAGUCACCGUACAGGCCGCAUCUGGUCGAGCUCAUUCCCCAGGAGCAGCUGCGGACGGUGCUGCAUCCCGUUUUCCGAUAUGUUCUGACGUAUCUCGCGCAACAUUACCCUCGCUACUUCCUCCGCAUCGUGAACAGACACGAGGAGGCAUUUGCUCUGGUCUUGCUGCUUCUGGAAAAGCAUCAUUUGUGGAAGCAUGACGCCUCUCUUUCUGAGCACUUCUACCAACUCAAACUCGCGCCCGCCCGUGUGCACACUCCGCGCCUAGGCUCUAUUCAUGCGCAGCAGCCCGCUCGACUCUCGAACCGGCAACGGUGGGGCAUGCUGCUCGUGCUCGUCGGCCUGCCGUACGUCCGUGCACGAUUAGAUGACUUCUACGACCGGUGGUCGACGCAGAACGACCCCGAGCUGUCGCUGGCGGACCAGGGCCCGCCGCUGACGACGGGACAAAAGAUCUUCCUGAAGGUGUACCCGACUGCGGUCACGGCGUUCGAGACGACGCUUCUCGCUUACGACGUUGCGUACCUGUUCGAGAAGACGGAGUUCUUCCGCCCGUGGCACCGGUGGCUUGGAGUGCGGAUCGAGCGUGCGAUCGACGAUGCUCCGCCAUCGAGCACCCAGUCCUUCCUCUCGAAGCUGCCGCCGCUACUUCCGCCACUUCUGCUUGCGCUCAAGUUUGCGCAGUGGUGGUACUCUCCCACGUCGCCGCGCUCGCUACCCGCCGCGAGCAAGAGCGAGGAGCAGUCGCUGCACACCUCUGUCCUGCCGCCGCGCCCGCUUCCGAUCCUUCCUUCUAGUGGUCUCCUCACCCCGCCGCACUCUCCAGAGGACGAGAAGCAGGAGCUCAAGGCCGACCCCUCAGAACAGACGUACCAGAUCGACGCCAAGGAGUUUGGCCACUGCCCCAUUUGCAAGGGCAAGUGGCAGAACCCCGCCAUUCUUCCCAGUGGCUGGGUCGUUUGCUGGCGCUGUGGAUGGGACGCCAUCAGUGGCGAAGGUGAGCUCGGCGAGGCUGGCAAGAACCGCUGCCCUAUCACCGGUGUCGCCGUCAACCAGAGCGACCUGAGGCGAGUCCUCGUAUAA